AUGUGGAGCAAAAGUUUCAUAUUUUACACCUUAACACAGGUGGUGAAGUCAUAUCCGGUAGUGAUUUUAAUAGAGGAGGAUGUGCCCUUUGGUGGAGAUGAUGAAGGAAGUACUUUGCUUAUACUUUUUAUUCUUUUCAUAUCUCUCUUCGGAUUGUUGUUACUAAGUUCUUUGAUUUAUUGCGUCAUCAGAACUCACAAGCGUAUCAGCGAGGACGUAUUGAGCAGAGAGGAGGAUAACCAAGCAUACUUGGAACUUGAUCUGGAAGAACAGGAGCUCUAUUUUCAAUCCAAAGAGUUUUUGCAAGCGAAUCCCUAUUUAAGAGGAGACUUGACCUUGUCGCAGAACUUAAGCAUUCAAGAGAAAGCUAUUAAGGCUUGGGAGUUUGUAAAGGAUCCAAUGUUGACCAAUAAUGAUUUGCUUAUUGUGAACAAAUGUGAGUUGAACUUUUUCAAGAACUUCGAGUGCUCUGCACAAACGAAUUUACCUAUUCCUCAAGUUAACGAAGUUUACUACUUUGAAAGCAAAAUAUACUCCUUGCCAAAGCCUGAAGAGACACUUAUCUCCAUCGGCAUCGGCAUCAAGCCUUAUCCUUGGUUUCGGUUGCCUGGACGCCACACACAAAGCAUUGCAUACGAUAGUGAUGGCUUCAGACGCCAUAACCAGCCAUUCAAGUUUAACACUGAAAGUCCGUUUCCAAAAUUAAUAGAGGGUGAUGUUGUCGGUAUCGGAUACCGAGUUCGUUCGGGAACUGUGUUUUUUACCAGGAAUGGAAAGAAAGUGAGCGAGCUGAAACUUGGAGGUCACAUUAAAAAUUUCAAGAUACCUCAUGAAGGUCAGCUUUACCCAGUGAUAGGAGCAAACAAUCUCUGUUCCGUACAUGUUAACAUCGGUCAGAUGGGUUACGUUUUCAUUGAGGGUAAUGUUAAGAAGUGGGGAUUUGCUCCUCUUGAAGGCACAGGUCCUGCCCCUCCAGCGUACAAUAAGUUCAAUGGAGAUAUUUUGUUGGAACGAUCAGAGAUCGAUGAAGAAAACGACCUUUCGGAAAGAAUGAAUGAUUUUCCUCCAGAUUUUUGGGAUCUUCAAGAGAGAGAUGGUGAGGACUACGAAAACCAAGACAAAUUCAGCUACAAUAUCCAUAGUGACGCCUCGUUGGAUGAGCGGAUCACGUUGCACAGCCUAAUACCCAACAAACCACCGAGUUACGACUCCGACCUGGAUCCGCCGGGAUCAAUAGGGGUCGGUGCACCGUGGGAAUCGGCAUCAAUUGACAAUGCACAAAACUGUGGGGUUGAUGCCCUUGAGUCCGAAAACAGAAAUGAUGUGCAAGUGGAGGAGAUCGAUUUGGAUGAACCUAACGGAAUAGUUCGGACAGAACAGAAUGCAGACAACUCCAAAGGUAUAAGUGGAGUAGUCACAGAAGAGGAGGGUGAAUAG